AUGGCUCGAUUACCACCCGAUAGUUUUAGUCAAACAAUUGCUUUUAUUGCAGUUGCUUUUGGUGUAAUAGCUUUAAUACUUGCUUGUGUUGGUAUUGGUACACCGAGAUGGUAUUCAUUGUAUGUUUCUACUGGUACUGGAACUUAUGCAAAAACUAAUAGCGCUAACUUUUUCUAUACAUGUGAUGUUUCGACAAGCGGUGUAACAAACAAUUGUACAAAUCGUGAUAGCAGUCUCUAUGGUUAUCCAGGAUAUAGUUCAUCAAAUGCAUGGAUGACUGAUUAUAAUCAACGUAUGCAGAAUGCCGGUUCUCUAUGUAUUGUCGGUAUUCUCUUUCUUGCUUUUGGUACAGUAGCAACAUUGAUUAUGGCACUUCGUUACUUUCAUGCAUGGGCUACUUCUAUUCCACCAGCAUUAUUCUUUCUUGCUUGUCUUUUUAUGCUUGCAGGCAUGGCUGAAGGUGCCCGUUAUCUUAUUUAUAAUGAUUAUUCAGCUAAUUUGUAUCAAACAGCUCAUUUACUUACUAUGUUUGCUCUUGCUUUAACUGCUUUUGCUGCUGGUCGUAUUCAUUUCUCACGUCGAACAGAAGCCGGUCACAAUGCUACUCAUAAUAUUGCAUAA